AUGGCCUUCCAUCCUCCACUGCCUACUGGCAUCCUCAUCGUGGAGCUUCGUCCAGGUCAGGUGGAGCUUAAAAUUAUAGAGCACCCGAGCCGAGCAGAGCAGAGCCGAGCUGCUGAGCAGAACUCCUUCCUUGAGGAGUGUUCGGGACUCCCUGUCGGAUGCUCUCAUGUGUUGCUGAGCCACAGGCCGUGCGCGGGAUGUGUGCGAGAAGGCACGUCAUCUGACACAGCAGGGUUACACACCGCGGGAGGCACCACACCAUGUCUUUCCCACACUUCGGACACCCGCCGUACAGCGCACCUUCCCAGGUCGGCGCGUGAUGGCUCCGCUGCUCUCGAGGCUGCGGGCGCGCGCUACUGCCCGUCUCGCGGGAGCCACUGCGCGGCGAGCGCGCGGGUCGGCCUGAGCGCGCCGCUCGCCAUGUACCGCGCGCCGUGCGCGAGCGCGGCGGCCGGGAGCCACGGCUACGCCAACUGCUUCCCGUACGGCUCGGACCCGUCCGCCUUCUACCCGUCUCUGAACACGCAGUACGACAUAAAGGAUGGCGCUGGCAGCUUUCAUGCUGGAAUUACCCAGGCUACUGCCUUCUACCCCUACGAGUCCACACUGGGACAGUACCAGUACGACAGGUACGGGACUGUUGACUUCAAUGGGUCGGCCAGGAGAAAGAACGCCACCAGAGAGACGACGAGCACCCUAAAGACAUGGCUGUACGAGCACAGGAAGAACCCGUACCCGACCAAGGGAGAGAAGAUCAUGCUGGCCAUCAUCACUAAAAUGACUCUCACUCAGGUGUCCACCUGGUUCGCCAACGCCAGGAGACGCCUGAAGAAGGAGAACAAGAUGACCUGGUCAGCCAAGAAUAAACCUGGAGAAGUGAAGACGGAAGACGCAGAAAAAGGUGGUUGUGACGUUGCUGACGAAGCUUCUAAGAGCUGUAAACAGAAGGAGCUUCCACUACGUGAUGCAGACUACAUGGAAGAUGAGGUGUGUGACAAACUGGGUAGUGACUGUGAGAAAGCCCCGGAAGAAGAACAGAACCGCCAGGAAGAUGUUUCCAGGGAGCGCCCUAAGAAGGACAUUAAUGGCACGUUGGCCCUUCCCAGAUACUUCGGUACCUUUCCGUACAAUGACAAAAUCGCCGGCACAUCUGCGCAAGAGUUCGUGGACCCGACGGAGGGCAAAGUGCCAACCUCAGCCCCACCCGGCUCUGUGGAGGUGUUGCCCUGCGAGGUCGCGGAAAAGCCUCGGAUCUGGUCCCUGGCCCACACUGCUGCCGCUGGUCUCUUGGAGACCCCCCUCCAGAGCAGUGAGCUAAAGACUGACCGUACCAGCAAUAGCAGCCAGCUACAAACACUGAGGUUUCCUGCAACCAGAAGUGGUCCGUGUGCUGAAGUGAGAGGACAUCAUGACGUGACACAGCAGGCUGACAUGGAGAACUCCUUCCGGAAGAGCCUGUUGUCACACAGAAAAUGCUACGCCAAUUACUUCAGUCAAAGUCCUCUUCAGCUGCAGUGCUCCUCCUACUCCAUUCUUUCUGACGCGUGUCAGUAUUCAUCUGCUGCAGCGUUCCCGUGUGUUGGACGGACUGAGGCAGUGUUAUCAGAGCUGCACGACCCGCGCCUUAUGCCUCAAGAGAAGGAAAUGGCCUUCAGACCUCUGAUGAAGAGGGUGGCGGAGGUGGGCCAUUAGACUACAGUUGGGCGCCGGACACACGGAGGAAGCGAAACGUCAGGAGCCUGGGUGUAAAUAACGCUGUGCUUUGGUCAGAAUAAGGGAAAAGUUCUCUUUGAGCUGUGCAUGUAGCCAUACGUGUUGCACUGACAGUUCUUCUGAUCACAUAGCACUGUAUGCAAAACCUCAGUAUGCUACCUUGUGCACAGCUCGAUUCCCCUCUUAUGCACAGGGAAGUCUUGACUUUAUUUAUUGUUUACUUUCUAUUCAUUUAGCAUCUGUUAAUUGUUUAAUAAACCACCGCUGCUGUCGAAAGCAGUAGCGGACAUGGCAUCUUGUUUUAGAGCAGAGGUUGAGAAAACAUUUCAUAAAGGGGGGAAAUAAAUGUCAAAUAAUUAAGUUCACAGCCCCACCCUUUCCUGUCUGAAGAAACACACAGCCACACACACGCACGCACCCGCACACACACA